CGUGGGUUAUAUAGCCAUGUCACGUGACAUUGAUAUCGUCUUUCACUGGAAGAGCUCACAUUAUCAUUCCCCAUUUCGCAACAGCAAGCAUGGCGACUACAACAGGGAAAGGUGACAAAAAAAAGCUGUCCAAAAACCUCCUUCUCAUGAAAUUCAUGAAAAGGACGGCAGUGAAGUCAGAAUUAGAGGAAGUCCAAGACGAAAAGCGGAGAAUUGAGAAUGAGGAACAUUGGGAGUUGGACAUUCCAGAACUAACUAAAGCCGAGGACAAUUUUAUCUUCGAACCAAGUUAUAAUGUUCUACAGAAUCUACAAUAUGGACGGAUGUCUUUUAAAGGUUUCAAUCCAGAAAUUGAGCGCAUCAUGCAGAGUGUGAAUGGAUCAAUGGAACUUGAUGAAGCAGAACGCCGUGAGAAAGAGGUGGGCGUCGAUGAUGAGGAAAUGAGUGAAAGGUACAAAUGGUUAGUAUCAAAUAUGGGGAAGAAAUUUGCGACAAAAAGACAGCGUGCUGAAAUGCAAAGUGAUAGCGAUGAUGAUGAAGAUGAAGUUGAACCAAUGCAUUCAGAACCAAAGCAGCAUAAAACAGACAGUGGUCAUUCUGAGAACUGUAACAGAAGAGAGGACGAAAAACAUAACUCUGAUAAUGCUAGUACUUCAAACAAAACUAAUAACAAUAUACCACAGCAAAAGGGUUCAAGGAAAUUGUUGAAGAAAAUACCUCCGGGUGCUGGUAGGAAGUUGGUUCCUGAUCGAGGUGUGAAUCCUUCCAUUCCGACACCUGGUGAAGCUUUGAUGACACCAUCUACCAGUGUUUAUAAUCCUCAACCUCGGCAAGAAAAAAUUGUCGCCGAGAAACGUCAUUCUGGUCCGGUGAUGGACAGUGACGAAGAGGACACUGUCGGUGAAAUGAGACGGAGACGACGGAGACGCAAAUUUAUCAAACCACAGGAUUGAGACAUUGAUAAAUUAUUAAUACCUUUAAAUGCAUAUCUCAAUCAAAUUUCAGUAUUGUUAUUGUGCAUGCUCGUGAAAUUGCGUUUAAUUUAUCAUCUAAAUGAAUAAAUGGAAUUUCACUA